UGUACUUAUAUGAAUAUUUAAUUAACUGGUUGUUGUAUCGAGUCCCAAACUAAAGGGAGGGGGGUUUUUUAAAUAUGAAGGAUCUGAUAAAGAUGUUUUUUUCCUGUAUCGAUUAUUUCAAUCAUAUAUAACUUGUGCCAUUAGGCCUCAAUACAUUUCCCACAAGAUGGUCACUUCCACCCUCGAAUUACAGCCCGUUAUCCUUGAGGACAUCCCAGCCAUCACCGACUUAUGGUUCGCGGCCUUUACCGACCCGGACCUACAACGCGUGUUCCCAAACACGCCAGGCGUGCACAAAUGGCUCGAAGAUGCCAAUGCCCACGAUCUCCUCAAUAAGCCUUUUCAGCGGUACAUCAAAGUGAUAGACACCGAAACGAAAGAUGCCCAGGGCCGCCCGCGGAUAGCCGCAUAUGCUAAAUGGGAUCUGUCCAUGCCUGAAGAACGAGGGCGACGCUAUCCCCCAUGGCAUGAAGAAAUGCCCGCUGAGAUUUGUGAUGAAUUUUUCAGCAAAGAGGAGGUUAAUAGAAAGCGUGUCAUGGGAGAUACUAAGCAUAUUUACCUGGAUACGGUCGCUACACACCCCGACUACCAGCGGCGAGGGGCCGGCUCCUUGCUUGUUAACUGGGGCUGUGAACUUGCCGAUGCUGAGGGUGUCCAGGCGUAUGUCGAUGCUAGUAAGGACGGCGCAGCUUUAUACGCGAAGUUUGGGUUUGUGGAUUAUAGCAAUCCUGGCGAAGAGAUUGCCUCGAUGGCUCGCAUUCGCAAAUAGCUACUGUGUUUAGUUAUCCCCUUAGCAAACCGUACCAGAUUUUGCCGGGGCUAGAUUACAGUAGAUAUACUGUAUCUUUACUGUAAUACAAACGAGUGCGUACUUUAAAAAGUUAUUGUAACGGUCCUGAGGCAGUUUGUUCAACUAGCUAGGGGUCAAGUAUAAAUAUACUAAAUCUUAAGGAAAGAAAGAAGAAGAGGAAAGGAAGAG